AUGGGACAUUCAUGGGGGAGUACUGUGUUUUCCUCUCGUGCCCCACAUAGCUGCCACGCUUUCUACUAA